AAGGAAAAAGAGCCGAGAAGCUCAGAACCCGUUUGUUGACUGACUGGACUUGAGUUCUCUUCCUAAGCACCAUGAACCCCGAAUACGACUACCUGUUCAAACUGCUCCUCAUCGGUGACUCGGGCGUCGGCAAGUCGUGCUUGCUCCUGCGUUUCGCCGACGACACGUACACGGAGAGCUACAUCUCGACGAUCGGCGUGGACUUCAAAAUCCGCACGAUUGAGCUCGACGGCAAGACUAUCAAGCUCCAGAUCUGGGACACGGCCGGCCAGGAGCGCUUCCGCACGAUCACGAGCAGUUACUACCGCGGCGCCCACGGCAUCAUCGUUGUGUAUGAUGUCACGGACCAGGAGUCGUUCAACAACGUCAAGCAGUGGCUCCACGAGAUUGACCGGUACGCGUGCGAGAACGUCAACAAGCUCCUUGUCGGCAACAAGAGCGAUUUGACGGCCAAGCGCGUCGUGAGCACGGACGCGGCCAAGGACUUUGCCGACAGCCUCGGCAUUGAGUUCCUUGAGACGUCGGCCAAGAACGCGGCCAACGUCGAGAAGGCCUUUAUGAUGAUGGCCGCACAGAUCAAGAAGCGCAUGGCGAGCGCCCCGAUGCAGUCGAAGCCCGCCAUCAGCCUCCAGCCCGGCCAGAACGUCUCGGGCAAGUCGGGCGGCUGCUGCUAAGCGCUCUAGUGGUUUGAACUCUGUGAAGAGUGCAGAAACCAUGGCUGCUUCUUCCCACACGACAAGGAGCUCCGGCGAGUAGCCAUGGAUAUUUUAUAUUUUUCACAACGUAUUUUGCAUUUCGUUGCCCUA